UAGCACUAACUGCGGAGUCUGCAUUUGCCGAGGCCUGCAUCUGAAAAUGUGACUGUCCGGUAUCCUCCAUUUCUCCCCAGGCCUCCAGGCUUCACAGCCCCGUUUUUCCCGCCCAGAGAGGGGCCCGCGCGCUGGGGGCAAAGUGCUCGGCCCACCCGGUGUAUGUUCGGAGCGUCACCCACCUCAAGCCCUCUUCUCUCCUCCGAAGGCCUUCCCUCCCGGAACGCUGAAAUUGCACCUUCUCGGCCUCGCGGAAUUCGGACUUCCGCCAUCCUCACCCCACUUCAUGUGGCUCUUGGAGAAAGCCGGCUACAGGCUGGGGGCCCCGGAGUCCGGGCCCCGAUGGGCGCCGUCCAACCUGCUCCCCAAGCGCCGAGCCCGGGGCCCGCCCGCGCGCGCCUGUCCUAACGUCCUCACCCCCGACCGCAUUCCGCAGUUCUGCAUCCCGCCCCGGCUCCCAGACCCCGGCGGCGCCCAGCCCCCGGCUGGGCGCGGCCUCCCCGCGGCCUGUUCGCUGCCGCACCUGGCGGGCCGCGAAGGCUGGGCCUUCCUGCCUGAGAGCCCGCACACUCGCCGGCGCGAGUCCCUGUUCCACCCGCCUCCCCCCCCCGCCGCCAGGGGGCUGUCCCCGGCGCACGCCCCGCUGCACGUAUCCGCCCCGGACCUGCGCCUCUGCCGGGCCCCCGACAGCGACACGGCCUCGUCGCCCGAGUCGUCGCCCUUGGGCUCGCCGCGGCCAGACCCCGGCCGGCCCCGGCCGCGCUCGGCGGCCCCGGAGGAGGCGAGCUCCGCCCGCACUAGCCCGCACGCGCCGCGCCGCGUGGGGCCGCCGCUCUUCCACCCGGACUUCCCGUGCUGCCGGCUGCGGCCCACCAAGGAGAGCGUGCUGCGCCUCGCGCCCCGAGGCGGCCAGCUGCGGCUCUCCGCCGAGUACCUGGCCGGGCCCGGGCGGCUGCGCCUGCGCCUGGUGAGCGCCGAGGGCCUGCCGCGGUCGCGGGCCGGGCCCGGGAGCGGCGGCGGCGGCUGUUGCGUGGUGCUGAGGCUGUGGCCGCGCGUCCGGCCGCGGGGCCAACGGAGCCGCGUGGUCAAGUGCAGCGCCAACCCCAUCUUCAACGAGGACUUCUUCUUCGACGGGCUGGGGCCGCCAGACCUGGUGGCCCGCAGUCUGAGGGCCAAGGUGCUAGACCGGGGCGCGGGCUUCCGCCGAGAUAUCCUGCUGGGAGAGUGUGAGACGCCUCUUAUGGCCCUGCUGCCCCCCUUGGGUGGGGAGCUGGGUCCAGGGGCCUCCCUGGCACCUGGCCAUCUCAGUCCAUAGGCUGAGAACCUGUCUUUUCCUCAGGAGGCCUCCACUCGAUCUGCAGUAUUCGUUCUUUUCAG